UCUUACUUGUUUUCUUCUUCAUAACCCUCUCUGUCUUCUUGCUCUCAGAAUUUUACUUGAUUUAGUAGAGAACUGUAUGACAAAUUAAAGAGUGUUCCUGUAUAUCUCUUUGUCCACCUGUUUUGUCUUCUUACUUCAAAACUCUCUCUCCCGAUCUCUCUCUCUCUCUCUCUCUCUCUCUCUCUCUCUCUCUCUCUNCUGUCUCUCAACUAAACCCACAUUAACAUGAUGAUGCCAGAUGAUCAUCAUCAUCAACUCUCAUUUCCCAGCUAUGUCCUUCACCAAGAACACAUCACCCCAAAUCCUAACCCUAACCCUAAUCCUACCUCCUCAAACUCAGCCAAGAGGAAACGAAAUCUACCGGGAAAUCCAGAUCCAGAUGCAGAAGUUAUCGCUCUAUCGCCAAACUCCCUCAUGGCGACUAACCGGUUCAUCUGCGAGAUUUGCAACAAAGGGUUUAAGAGAGACCAGAACCUUCAGCUUCACCGGAGAGGCCAUAACCUUCCAUGGAAGCUAAAGCAAAGGACGAACAAGGACCAAAUUAAGAAAAAAGUGUACAUCUGUCCCGAGAAGACUUGCGUACACCACGACCCGGGCCGAGCUCUCGGCGACUUAACUGGAAUCAAGAAGCAUUUCAGCAGGAAACACGGUGAGAAGAAGUGGAAAUGUGACAAGUGUUCCAAGAAGUAUGCUGUCAUGUCCGAUUGGAAAGCUCAUAGCAAGAUUUGUGGUACUAGGGAAUACAGAUGUGACUGUGGUACCCUCUUUUCCAGGAAAGAUAGUUUCAUCACACAUAGAGCAUUCUGUGACGCCUUAGCUGAAGAGAGUGCAAGAUUCGUCUCAGUUCCACCAGCUGCAGCUUCAGCCACACCCGCAUAUCUACACAAUGCCCCGGACGCUGAAGUCAACCUUGGAAACAUCAAUGAAAAUCAUCAACAUGGACAUACUACAUCUUCCCAAUUGGAUCAACCGGUUUUCAAUAACCAGCGCCAAACCUUUUUGGGACAAACCUUCACCGACCAGCUCCCCAUACAACCCAAUGUUUUUGCCUCCCCAUCAACUCGUAGCGCAUCCGACUCGCUUCAAAAUCUAUGGCAUUUACAAGGGCAAUCAUCUCAUCAAUGGCUUCUCAACGAAAACAACAACAACAACAUUCUCCAAAGGGGAAUCUCCAAGAAUGAAGAGGAACAUGAGAUCAAAAAGGUUGCAACUAGUGGUUCUUUGUUCUCUUCGGAAGCACACAACAACGCUAAUAAUUACAGCCAAAACGGUGGACAAAUAGCAUCCAUGUCAGCCACGGCAUUGUUACAAAAGGCGGCUCAAAUGGGAUCAAAGAGAUCAUCAUCAAGCUUAAACAAUAGCAAGGCUUUUGGUCUAAUGAGUAACACCUCCAUCUUCAACAACAAGCAAACGGAGAAUAUGAAAACUACGGAAGUUGAUGAAGGAGGCUUCACGAGAGACUUUCUUGGUGUGGGAAGUCAACACCGUACUUGGCCAUUAUUAAUGGUAAACCGUAAUCUUCUCGACUCGUCCCCUCCGGCCACUACCGACGGUACACCAACCCCCGACAGGAACCAGUAGUUUGGUAACGCACGUUGUCGUUUAAAUAUAUUUGUGUGUAUGAAUUUGAAGAAAAGGUAGGAUUCCUCUGUUUAUGAUAUUUGUUUUUUCUAGAAAUGCACAAACGUAAACUAUGUAAACCCAAGUGACGAGAGAGGACAGUUUAAGCACGGCGAAUUAACACCGUGAAAGAUGAGUUUUUGACUCGGAGAGAAUCUCUGAGUCAACUCGGUGCUGCGUAGUGGGUCCACUAGGUUGACGGAGAUGGGAAGCUAUUCGGGUCCACUUCUGCAUGCAUGCACAGCAGAGCAAAGCAUACGCUAUGUCUUUUCUUAUUCUUCAUUUUGUUUUUUCCUUGUAAUUAUUUUCAUGCUUUAAGUUGGAAAGAACCUAAAAGAAACAAGGAAAAAGUUUGUACGUAGGUUAUGUAAACUUUAAGUAGUUGUUACUUUUUGUUUUUUUCCUUGUAAAAGGUGAACCUUUUUAA